AUGGGCCCACUUAUCAGCGUGACAGCACCACCACCACCGGCGCCGACAAUUAGGCAAAUCCGUGUCACAGGACUCAACUAUGCGAAUGCUGCUGAGGACAACCGUAGAUUAAAGAUAUUUGCUGAAAACAGCCUGUUCAUUAAGGAACACAACCAGAAGUUUGAAAAUGGCCUUGUAUCAUACGCUCUUGAAAUGAACCAGUUUGGGGACUUGAGGCAAAUCCGUGUCACAGGACUCAACUAUGCGAAUGCUGCUGAGGACAACCGUAGAUUAAAGAUAUUUGCUGAAAACAGCCUGUUCAUUAAGGAACACAACCAGAAGUUUGAAAAUGGCCUUGUAUCAUACGCUCUUGAAAUGAACCAGUUUGGGGACUUGAGUCACGAGGAAUUCCUGGGUCUUAUGAGCUGUGGAAACAGUAGCGACAUCGAUGAUGGUGGUUCAAAUUUUACGUUCCCCGAAAACGUUGACGACAAGAGCCUGCCGAAAACUGUGGACUGGCGCAAGAAAGGUUAUGUGACGCCUGUGAAAAAUCAAGGGCGGUGCGGCGCUUGUUGGGCAUUCAGCGCUACGGGAUCGCUCGAAGGCCAGCAUUUCAAUAAGACUGGCAAGCUUGUUUCGCUAAGCGAACAAAACCUCGUUGACUGUGUGCACAAACGCUCCGGAUCUAAAUGUCUCGGUGGCAGUCCGGUGACCAGCUUCAAAUACAUCAAAAGAAACGGGGGCAUCGACACCGAGGAGAGCUACCCCUACGUCCAAAAGAGACAACCUUGCAAAUUCAAGAAAGAAAACGUCGGAGCCACCGCGAAAGGACACGUCAAGCUUAAGAAGGGAUGUGAAAAGCAGCUGAAGGUGGCCGUGGCAACAGUGGGACCUAUCUCCGUAUCCAUCGAUCCACACUUUCGGCCAUUCAGGUUCUAUAAGCAUGGAAUCGUCGACGACCCGUCCUGUACAACGUACCGUUUAAACCAUGUCGUUCUCGCCGUCGGGUAUGGUGUUCAGUAUGGCAUAGAAUACUGGCUCCUGAAAAACAGCUAUGGAGAUCGCUGGGGAGAUGGCGGUUAUUUUAAGGUAAUUCGAAACAAGAACAUGUGUGGCGUAGCAGCAAGUCCAUCGUAUCCUCUGGUUUAG